UUUUCGUCAUUCCAUUCUUUCAAUGUGAAAUUACCCAUUCUAGCACGCACCGCACAAUAGGUGAAACAAUUUAUAAAAGUUGUGCUCCUUUACAAAUAUAGUAAUCUUCAGAACAUGGGCUCGAAAUCGGAAAAUAAGAAUAAGGGAACAUUUCAACCAGAUUCAGAUGUUCACAUUACUUUCGAUGAUCAAAUGAAGAUCAACAAAUUUGCUAACUACAACGCGAAAGUCGAGGAUCUCAAAGAAGAACUUAAAAUCAAACAAAACGAGUUGAAAAAUUUAGAAGAGGCAGGUGAUGAGAUCGAACUGCUCGACGACGACCUGCAGAUCCCAUUUCUUAUUGGUGAAGUGUUUAUAUCGCAUAAUUUGCCUAGAACACAGGAGCUACUUGCCGAAGUGAAGGAAAAGAAGAAACAGGAAAUAGAAAACAUCCAAAAAUUAUCAAAAGAAAUUCAAGAAAAAAUGAGUGAACUUAAAGCACAUCUCUAUGGAAGAUUCGGAAGUAACAUUUAUCUUGAAAAUGAUGAAUAGCUAUACUGACACGUAGUGUCAUCCGUUUAA